UCCUCACCUACCGAGUAUAUCCCUCCCAUUGUUAUCCUGUCGUAUUUGUUACCCCCUGUCUUUGUUUGGGUCUGCAGAUCCACCAUCCUCUCUUAAACUGCGCAUCUUGGGCUUCUUGCUUCCUCUCCUUCUUCUCUCCCUCACCUCUCCCUUCUUUUACCAAAAUAGCGAACAUGAACACCUCUGAUCUCGCGGUUCGUCGGUAGACUGACAUAUGACGCCAUGUUAUCCUAAAGUUCCUGAUCUCCUUUCGCAUUUGCCUCCGAUCCAAAUCAAUUUUCCCCACCUACCGAUUGCUUGCCCUCCAAGCUUCAAGACUUGAAGUCAAACCGUACAUAUUUGUUCUCCGUGCAUUGUUAUUGGAAUAAGCGUUUGUUCUGCAACAAUCGCGGUCCCUGCAACAUGAAAUUCGGCCACAAUCUGUCCCGGAAUGUGGUCCCCGAGUGGAGCUCUUCCUACAUCAGGUACAAGCCUUUGAAAAAGCUUAUCAAGUCCGCAGCCGACAAUGUGAAGGCGGGCCAAGAGCCGGACCUUGCCGGUGAGAUAUCAUCCGAUUCCUUGGCGGGCUGAGAUCCUGGGGCCGUCCUCCUGAC